CUAAGCUCUUUCCUUUUUGCGCCUCACUGAAAUUGAUACAGUUUCUGGAUUUUCCACUGCGAAUGAAUGGUUGAUGAUUGAAGAGGGAAGCUCUAUUCUAGGAGCCUGCGUCCCAACAUGUAUGAUAAAUCGGCCUACUAAAUUCUCGUUUCUCUUGAUUUUAUUCUUCGCCCUAAACAUUAUCUAUAUAUUUAUUUAUGAAUAUUUUCAUUUCUCAAUACAACUUAUAGCUCUUCAUCCUCCUACGCUUUCUAAUAGGAACUCUUCUUGGUAGGCAAUUACUAAUCCCCCAUCUUGCAGUCCGACCUAUACUCAAAGCAUGCUUCAAACUUCCAAAACCUAUGAACGAUUGGUUCUCCUCGGCUCCUUGUACCUCUGGUCCAGCAAGCAAACUCUCAAAUGGUCACAUGCGUCUCAAAAACCAACCUAGUCGCUCAAACAAUGGAAAUGGGAAUGAAUCUCCAUUUCAACUGAACAAACUCUCGCCAGUACAUAUUCAGCGUGGAGAACGACGAAACCAUGGCCACGGUGAAGAUUUGGAUGACCAUCCGCUGGUCGAUAAUAGAAUUUGGGUCACUAGGCACACUACAAUUACUAGGUAGACAAGUGAAUGGAUCGAUCUUUGGUUUUUUAUCAAUAUGGCAGCUCCGUGGUUGGUGCAGUUUCACACAUAAUUCAAUCUUGCUCAUUCGCAUGCGUUGUUUACUUAAAUUAAAAUUGAGGUAGUUUUCUAUUUCUAUGUUUAUGUAUAAUGCAUUCACCAAACUCAAGUGGGUAGGUUAGUUUUCUUGUUCUUCUUAUGUUCGUUAA